AUGAUGGGAGGAAAUGAUACAUCAGUGAGAGAUAUGGUACUCCUUGGACUAUUUCCUGAAUUGGAAAACAUCAGUGUCCUUAUCCAUAUCAUCUUCCUGAGCUAUAUUAUUGCUCUUUUUGGAAACACCAUAUUGAUUUUAUUAAUUUGGGUGGAUUCUCGACUCCAUACCCCCAUGUAUUUGCUCCUUAGCCAACUUUCUGUCAUGGACUUAAUCCUCAUCUCCACAACUGCUCCAAAGAUGGUCAGUGACUUCUGGGUGGAAAAUAAAAAUAUCUCGCAGGUUGGCUGUGGAAUACAGAUGUUACUUUAUAUAACCAUAGCAGGUGCUGAAUGUAUCCUUUUGACUCUCAUGUCCUAUGAUCGCUAUGUCGCUGUCUGCAACCCACUGAGGUACUCAGUCAUCAUGAACUCCAGAGUCUGUGUGCAGAUGGCUGCUUUCUCCUGGGUUGUAGGAUUUCUGGACUCCCUGGCCCAUACGGUGUACAUUAUGCAUUUACCGCGGUGUGACUCCAGGGAGAUUAGUCACUUCUUUUGUGAGUUCUUAGCUAUUCUAAAACUCUCCUGUGAAGACACAUCUGCGUAUGAGAUGAUUUUGUUUGUCACAGGUAUAGUGUUCAUCCUUAUUCCCUUUGGGCUCAUUCUGGCCUCCUACAGCCUCAUUUUCAUGACUGUCUUCCAUAUGAAAUCUGAGAAGGGGAAGAGCAAAGCCCUAGCAACCUGCUCUUCUCAUCUCACAGUAGUGAGUCUUUAUUUAGGUUCAGGCUUCUUUGUCCUCAUAGUGGCUCCAGCUGUGUACUCAGGAGAGGAAAGUCAGAUUGUCUCCUUGUUCUACAACAUUCUCACCCCUAUGCUAAACCCCAUGGUCUACAGUCUGAGAAACAAGGAAGUGCUGGGGGCUCUAAGGAAAGUGCUGGCAAUGAUAUCACAGUUCUAUUACACAAAUGUUAGUCUGGGUAAAGGGGGCCAAAUAGAAGAAAGAAGAAUUCAGAACUCAAAUGCUGAUGGCCUGUCUGUUGCUGAUAAGAAGAAAAAAUGGCAUUGCAUGUCUGGCCUGGUGCUGAUGCAAGCGGUUGGCUUCCCAGGAGAGAGAAUGUGUCCCCUAGGACCAGUGAACAACUUUUGUGGCCCAAAACUAAUUCUCUGGCAAAUGGCGUCCUUGGGGGCCCCUCUUCCAUCUUCCCGUGGGGUACCUGAAUAA